AUGGUCAUUCACAUGUUCAAAGACCCACAGCAGCAGCCGCAGCAGCAUCAACAGUUGUUGCUGAUACUAUACAUCAUCAGGCCUCACCUUGACUUGACAACACCUGAGGACUACAACUAUGUGUUCCAACGUUUAAAGAAAUGUGAUCGCGAGAACUAUGUCUGUUCAAUGUUGCUCUCUAGCGUGGAUGCAAGACGUGCAGCAUUUGCCAUCCGUGCAUUCAACAUUGAGACCGUCGUCCUGCACUCUGAGGUCAAGUCUGACACCCGUCUAGCCAAGUACAAGUUGUUGUUCUGGAAGGAUGCCAUCAACAACAUAUACAAUGGCAAGGUGUUUGAUCAACCAUUGGUAAGAGUACUGGCACAACAGAUCAAGGAGAGAGGAUUGUCAAAGACAUGGUUCAUUAGACUGCUGAACAGACGUGAGAAGGAUAUGAACUCGGUACAGAUGAAGAAUAUGGAGGAGCUGGAACAAUAUGCAGAGGAGAUUCAUUCAUCGAUGUUGUUGCUCACACUCGAGGCGAUGGGCGUCAAGAGCAGCCAGGCCGAGCACGCUGCCAGUCAUCUUGGCCGCGCAAUGGGCAUCAUCACACUGAUCAGAGGCACGCCAUUCCACAUCCGUACACGCAAGCUAUACAUCCCAGCGACACUCACCACCAAGCAUGGUAUUGUGCCCGAGCUGUUGUAUCAGGGCGACCCUGAGCAGGUGGCCAAGGUCAAGGAGGCGAUCUAUGAGAUGGCAUCCGCUGCCAAGUCACAUCUGGACGUUGCCCGCACCAUCAAGGUGGAGGCGCCAGCGCACGAGGCGUUGCUCUGUGCCGAGAUUGCCGACGACUUUUUGGAGCGUCUGAGGAAGCUCGACUUCAACGUCUUCAAUCCAGCACUUGGCGACAGGAGUACAUUCCUACAUCUCAAGCUGUACAAGAAUAAGUUCUUCAAGACCUUCUAA